CCUGUCCGUCCGUCCGUCCACGUGACAUUCGUGGUCUGUCUAGGGUACAUCCGUACAUGUCCCACGUCGCGUCUUCUUAUUAAUUCUUUCGAUGAAAAGGAGAACAUGAUAAUGGAAUGACCUCGAAUGGACUGGACACCGAUACCCUACCAUUUGCCCUUUGUACGAUUCCGACAUCGUCCAUCCACCUCUUUAUCUUAUCUGUCUUUAUUGUUGUCUUGGGAGCUGGAAGAUUUUCCUUUCUAUUAUUAUCUUUAUCUUUAUCACGAUGGGUCUAUCCUGGCGUUUUCUUGGUGUGAAUUGAAAAGAGAGAGAAAGAAAUAUACGUAUCUAUCUACGUAUCUACCUUCCUAGGUCGGGAGGAAUACAUGGGAUUGAAUGAAGAUUCCUCCUUAUAAUCGGGAAUAGAAAAUAAUAAAAAAAGAAAAUAAC